AUGGGUGAGAUUUCACAGUUGUACUACUCAAUUGCUGCACCAUUCAAAGCCCCAUCACGUACGAAACACCACGGCGAUUUGAUAGAACGAUGCUACGCCAGAGCUGCUCGUAAUAAUAUCAUUACUAAUCGAUGGCAAACAGCAGUCUCUGCAACUUCGGUCUCGGGAUCUACACAACUGUGUCGCCGUCCGGGGGAAUCGGAGGAUGCUUUGGAGCGUGAAUUCGAAAUGCACCUGGUCGAUAUGUUCGGACUAGCGGAUGCGCGUCGUGCGCUCGGGCGUCGAAUGCUCUCCACUUCAUACCCAGUUCUUCCUCAGCUG